AUGUCUGUCAGUCAGAUUGCCGGCAACCGCAACAGCACGCCCGAGGCCGGGAGCUCGUCGCUGCGCCCACCCUCGUCGAGGGCCAUUGGCGCCAACCACCACCUCCGCGCCUCAGCCGACAUGGGCGUGUUUGCCUCGUCGCCCUUGUCCAACCGUGGAAUCCGCCCCUCUUCCGAGGUCUACUUCAACAAGCAGGGCACGCAGGACGACGAAACCAUGGACAAGGCUGCUCAGCAGUGGAUUGCGGACAUCGACCAGUAUGAGGUCACGCUGGAGGAGAUGGCCGCUGCGACGCUGGACCAGGAUUUCAAGGACGAGCUCAGUGCCAUCGAGCAGUGGUUCCGUGUCCUGAGCGAGCCCGAGAGAACUGCUGCGCUCUACCAGCUGCUCCAGCAGACGACGGGCGUGCAGCAGCGCUUCUUCAUCCAGGUCCUCCAGCAGAUGGCCAAGAGCCACCCCAUGUCCAGCGUUCUGUCGCCCGCCAAUUUCGGCGAGAAAGACCCCAUGUCCCAGAAGCUUAACGAUGCCAUGAACAAGCUCAGCGUCGAGAAUUCCCGCAACUCUGUUGGACUCGGCCGCCCCCCGCCAUCCCCUGGCGCGAAGCGUAACUCUGGUCUCGACAGCAACACCAUUAACUCCAUGUUCCCCGAUGCGGCGGCCGCGAUCGCAAAGCAAAAGGCUGAAUUCACCCAGCACACUGGCGCCGCACCCACUUCGAACCGCAACAGCGCUGUUGGCGAUCGCUCGUCAAUGGUUGCUCCUACGAUCUCGGCACCCGAUGAUGGCAAGAGGGACAAUGCGCCGCAGCCGCCGGCGUCUCCGUGGGGCCCUCGCAGUGGCGAGAACCAGCAACCGCAGCGUCCCAAGUCAUCGUCUAGCCACCACCAGCCGAUGGGCCAGUUCGUUCAGCCGCCGCCUUCAGCCGGCCUCCGUUCCCCUCGUCCCAUGGCGCUUUCCGGAGACUCAAACAUCCAGAGCACCACGCUCAACGCUCCGGACAGCUCCGCUGCCGGUAUGCCCAUGUUGUCCCCGUACGGAGCUAGCGGAAGCUGGGCAUCAAUGGUGAACACCCCUCUGGUGCCCAACUUCCAGCAGCAGAACAGCCAGGCGGAUAUGGUGGCGAACGCAACGGCGAUGAAGCUGGCAGCUCUUUCCACGGUCAACAAUCGGAUACAACUGGAUGAUGUGCGGAAGUACCGCCGGGCUCGUUCUUCUGAGGGACAGGGCGCUGGCCCUAACAAUAACGGACCGCAGAACAUGCCUGCUAGCGUGGUUAUGACGAAUGAAUUCGGACAGGUGCUCACACCUCAGCAGGCUGCUGCUCUGCAGGCCCAGCAGCUCGCAGCGAUGAACGGUCGUCGUUCGCGCCCCAGCUCUCCAGGCAUGGCGAUGCAGGGUGGCAACAUAAACGCGAUGAACUUUGCUUCUCCUCAGAACAACGGAUUCCUCUCUGCUUACGACAACAGUAUGGCUGGAAUGAACCUUGGCCAGUUCGGAAUCGGCAUGGGUGGUGGCCACGAGGGCUACCUCUCGGAUCAUUCUGAUAUCAACCGUGGCCGGUCUCCUCGGGGAAGGAGAGGCAGCUCGAAGCCGCCGGAGGACCCGACCAACCCGGAGCUUCUUCAGGACAUUCCCGCCUGGCUCAGGAGCCUGCGUCUUCACAAGUACACGGAUAACUUGAAGGAUCUGAAGUGGACGGACUUGGUUGAAUUGGAUGACGAGGGUCUUGAGAAGCGUGGCGUGAACGCUCUUGGAGCUCGGAGGAAGAUGCUGAAGGUGUUCGAGCAGGUCAAGGAGGCCAAGGCCGAGGGAAAGCUCCCACCCAGCUGA